AUGUCUGCUUGGGCUCCCCCUCCUCUACCUACCACCAAGCUCGGCAUCCAUAGGCAGCUUUCCUCUCGUGCGGGUGUACAUGUCUCGCCCAUUCAGCUGGGUGCCAUGAGCAUCGGCGACAAGUGGCAUCCGUUUGGCUUUGGCAGCAUGAACAAAGAAUCCAGUUUCAAGCUGCUGGACGCAUUCUACAGCGCCGGCGGCAACUUCAUCGACACCGCUAAUGCCUACCAAGACGAGUCUUCCGAGGAAUUCCUCGGCGAGUGGAUGGAGCAGCGCGGCAUCCGCGACCAGAUUGUGCUCGCCACCAAGUACACGACCAACUUCCGUCGUGGAAAGGGCGGCCAGCACAGCACCUUCGUCGGCAACAACGUCAAGUCCAUGCACGUCUCCGUCGCUGCGUCCCUCGAGAAGCUUCGUACCGACUACAUCGACAUCCUCUAUGUCCACUGGUGGGACUAUGCCACCUCUGUGGAGGAGGUAGUGGACGGCCUGCACACUCUCGUCCAACAGGGCAAGGUCCUGUACCUCGGUAUCUCCGACACGCCCGCAUGGAUCGUCGCGCAAGCGAACACGUACGCGCGAUGCAUGGGCAAGACACCGUUUUCGAUCUACCAGGGCAAGUGGAGCAUCAUGGACCGCGACCUCGAGCGCGACAUUUUGCCCAUGUGCGUCGCCCAAGGCAUGGCCAUCGCGCCGUGGAACGUCCUCGCCGGGGGGAAAAUCCGUACCGACGCCGAAGAACAACGCCGCCUCGAGUCCGGAGAGCAGGGUCGCCAGCUCUUCGCAGACUGGAAGCGCACGCCCGAGGAACGCAAGGUCUGCCUCGAGCUCGAGCAAGUUGCGAAGGAGGUCGGAGCGAAGGCUAUCACGUCGGUCGCGAUCGCGUGGAUCAUGCAGAAGGCGCCGCACGUCUUCCCCAUCAUUGGCGGGCGGAAGGUCGAGCACCUGCACGACAACAUCGAGGCGCUGUCGAUCCGCCUGAGCGACGAGCAGAUCGCGCGCCUGGACAACGUCGUGCCGCUCCACAAGGGAUUCCCUUACGACCCCGGCUUUGGCGAUGGUGAAGACUAUGGUUUCCUGUUCAAGUCCGCCGGUCACUUCCAGAAGUGGCCGAAGGCUGGCCCUAUCAAGCCUGAGCCCUCGACAAAGUAG